GAGAGCUAUUCACUCUUUCUGUCCGUCCACCAUCACCCCAAAAUUUUCGACAUGAACUACCACGACACAGACGACGGUUCUGAAGAAGACACCGGUCAGGAUCAACUGACCGGCAACCGUAAGCGAUCAAGUAGAGCCUGCGACCAGUGCAGAAAGACGAAAUCGAAGUGCGAACGGGGCCCUACGGAUGCUCAGUGCAAAAGUUGUGCGCUCGCGGGUACAGCAUGCACCUUUCUAGGACCAAGUUACAAACGGGGCCCCCCGAAGGGCUACAUACAUGCCAUCGAACAGCGAUGGCACCAAGUCGAGUCACUCCUUGGCGCGCUCAUUCAAUGUCGGGAUCCCAAGGUCCAGGACCUGGUACAGACAAUGCGGCAAGACGAACUUGCGCGCGAGAUCAUCGACAGAGUGGACAUGGGCCCUUACGGCCCUUCUGGUAGACAGACGGACGGUGCAACGAAGGAGGACAUCUUUUCCUCUAUCCUUAGAAGCAAUGAAUCCACGCUGGGCAGCCGUGACUCUUCGCGAUCUCGACGGCAGUCCCGCGUGUCCCGCGAAAUCGUUUCUUCCAGCAAAGAUCGCGGCCUCUCUGUCGUUCCUACUAAGGAAUGGCAGGACCGGCUCGCAGAUCGACUUGCAGCAAUCUCAGCGCGCACCUCAAUGACAGGCUACGGGGCAUCGUCCAGCGGUGGUCCGGGGUAUCACUCGAGUUCGCCGUUCGAAAGCUCCGGCGUUAGGCUGGCACAAAGGCGACGAUUGGGCGACUCUCCUGUAUCUCCCGGCGUUCCUCAGCCUCCGAACUGGAGUGAGAUGUAUACUUUCGACUCAGACGUCAGGGAUCGAGACAACAUCGAACCGAGCACGGAAGCGAUGGGGGAAUUGUCGCUGGACGAGCAUCAGGAGGUGCGAUUUCAUGGCAAAACUAGCGGUCUUCACCUUCUUCGGCGGAACGAUCGCACGGAUGAUCGGAUAGAGGGGGGCAUAUGGAAGCUGCCCAUGGCUCGCGUGUGGCCGCAGGCGAAGAAUCAAGUCGUCGCCUCACCUAGUGCACAAGAAGAUGAUGUUGAAGUCACUAUGCCCCCGCAAGACGUACAAGAUGAGUUGUUGGAGCUGUUCUUCAGCUAUAUCCACCCUAUCUUUCCUACUAUCCACAAAGACCGCUUUCUUUCCGAGUAUAACUUGCGGAAGAGCGGCGCCUCAAGCAAAGGUAGCCCUUCGGAGAAUUCGACUGGUACGCCCAAGCCGGAGUCGUCGCAAAAGGUCAACAACCUUCUCUUGCUGUCGAUCUUCGCCAUCACUGCGCGGUUCCGCGACGACGCUCCAGCUCCGUCGAGUCUGAAUGGCAAAAUGUGGGAAGCAGGAUGCGAGUAUUGCGACGAUGCCCUGAAGAUACUCACACGUACCUUCCACCGUUCUCAACCAUCAACGGUCCAGUCGCUUCUUCUCCUCGGUUAUCGCGAAUUCGGGAUCGGUAGUAUGGAGCACGGUUGGCUGUACAUUGGGAUGGCGAUACGCAUGGCCAUCGACCUGGGACUCAACUGCGACCCGGGUUCUUGGAAGAUACACGGACAUAUGCUCUUCGCCCCGGAAGAGAUACAAACGCGUCGACAGAUCUGGUGGACUUGUAUGCUCGCAGACAGAUAUGCAUCGAUGUACAUGGGCCGUCCCAUCAUGAUCAGGGACUCGGACCACGACACACACCUGCCUGAGCUCGACUCAGAUGAAGAACAACCCUGGCAACCAAGCCCGCCGUUGAACGUGUCUUAUCCGCCUAUGCCCUCGCGAAGCAUGGCCGCUUUCCGUGCGCAGUGUCGCCUUUGUCUGAUCGUUGGCAGUAUCGUCACCGAUAUAUACCCCGUCCGCGAACCCCCGAGUGCGACUAAGCGCGCGUGUUUAGAGGAAUUGGAGAACGCUCUCCAUCGGUGGUAUCUCGACAUGCCGGACAAUCUUCAGUUCGACCUCGCGAGCUCGACCCGGCCAAUUCCUCCUCCGCAUGUCCUGAUAUUGCAUGUGCGCUAUUGGGGUGCUGUCCUGUUAUUGCAUCGCGCAUUCAUUCCGAACUGGAAAGAAGUGACGGAGCAUGGUCAGUCCACGAUCGGUGGCAAGGCCUUCGAUCUCGCGCAAGGAGCUGCGAGUCAUGUCAGCGCUAUCAUUAACCUCAUCCGCGAACGUUACUCGUUACGGAGAACGUCGCCCUUCCUAACGGCUUACUUGCUAGCGUCUGGCAUCAUGCACAUCUUGACGCUGACUGUAAGACCUUCAAACCUUCAAGCAUCUCUCGGUCUACGACAGUGUUUGACGGCUUUGAACGAGAUGCAGGUCGUUUGGCCGAGUGCGUCUCGUGCGUGGGAUCUGCUCGACGGUGUCAAGCUUGGAUACGAGAAGGCCGUGUCCAUCCCGCACACCCGAGGCGAGGGUACGGAACGCAAGCGUGACCUCGAGAACGCGUUUGGCCCCGAGGAUCAGAAGAACUCCGACUACCUGCAGCGGGAAGCGUUCGGCACCUACGGAAACACUCGUCAAGAACCCUCCCCUCAGAAUGGGAUGCGCGACCUUAGUCAAAGGAUCAUGGCGCACAUGUUGGGCCUCGACAUACCCGGGAUCGAGCCAUCGACGUCCUUCUAUCCGGGUUACGAGUGGUGGCCGCGUGGGAUGCAAGAACCCACGGGCGACGUCUUCGGUCAGCCAGCUCAGCUGCAGCAGAUGCCUGCGUCGGCGCGGCCUAACGGGGUGGCCGCUGGACCUGCAGGGGGAGAGCAGUUCAGCAACUCUCAGUUGGGAUGGAUCCAGCAGGGCGGUACGAAUCCGGAGGUGUUCUCGGGCUAUGGUUACGACUUUCCCAACGCAAACCAGUACGGUAUAUGAUCGAUGACUAGGGUCUUUGUGCAGGCAUCUCAGCUUCUCUUGUCUUCCGUCCGACUCCCCUAUCCUUAAACCAUAUAUGUUGUACACUAUCGCCUUCUACAGUAUAAACCCAGAGUAAUGUAGCCAUUGUUGGCCAUUCUAGUAGACAGCUGUUCUUGUUUCCCAUGUAGCUUGGUACCUACGAUGCCUCUCCAAUGAUAGACGCUUUUAGGCAUG